UCCUAGUCAUGAUUGGGGAAAAUUGAGCAAAGCACUGGACUUGGGCUCCAGGAAAAAAGCAAACUGGGGCGAUUUCCAAAGCAUCACUAGUGGCCAGAGGGCAGAAGUAGGGCUGGUUCAAUGAUCCCACAGGACCUAGGCCUUUGGAUACUGCCUCUCCCCAUUACUGUGUUUAUUCAAUAGUGCUUGGAAGCAUCAUUCUGAAAGUACGCCGCUAGGCGGCCGCCAAAUCCUGGACUACAUUUCCCAGAGGGCUUUGCUCCUGGGCGGUUGCAAUUGAAUCUUCAGGGGUGUGACUAGGAAAGAGAAGCCAUAGUCGGCCAGCGGCUUUGGAGCAUCAACCUCCUCUGGGCUACGGCGGUGCUGAGAUGUUUGUGCUCCUGCUGCUCCUCUGUCUUCCCUUCAUCCUCUACCUGGCCACGCCAAAAAUCAGGAAAAUGCUGUCCAGUGGGGUGUGUACAUCUAAUGCCCAGCUUCCCGGAAAGGUAGUCAUAGUCACUGGCGCAAACACAGGCAUUGGGAAGGAGACUGCCAAAGACCUGGCCCAAAGAGGAGCCCGUGUGUAUUUAGCUUGCCGGGAUGUCCAAAAGGGGGAACAGGUGGCUAGCGAGAUCCAAGCUACCACCGGGAACAAUCAGGUCCUGGUACGGAAACUGGACCUAGCUGAUACCAAGUCUAUCCGAGCCUUUGCCAAAGACUUCUUAGCUGAGGAAAAGCAGCUCCACAUUCUGAUCAACAAUGCAGGAGUGAUGAUGUGUCCCUACUCUAAGACGGCAGAUGGCUUUGAGAUGCACAUUGGAGUCAACCACCUGGGUCACUUCCUCUUGACCCAUUUGCUGCUAGAAAAACUGAAGGAAUCAGGCCCAUCAAGGAUAGUCAAUGUGUCUUCCUUGGCACAUCAUCUGGGAAGGAUCCACUUCCAUAACCUGCAGGGGGAGAAGUUCUACAGUGCAGGUCUUGCUUAUUGCCACAGCAAAUUAGCCAACAUUCUCUUCACUCAGGAACUGGCCAGGAGGCUGAAAGGCUCUGGAGUGACAACGUAUUCUGUCCACCCUGGCACAGUCCAUUCUGAAUUGACUCGGCACUCGUUGUUUAUGAGAUGGAUAUGGCAGCUUUUCUUCCUUUUCAUCAAGACCCCUCAGCAGGGAGCCCAGACAAGCCUGUACUGUGCCUUAACAGAAGGUCUUGAGAGCCUAAGUGGCAGUCACUUCAGUGAUUGUCACUUGACAUGGGUCUCCGGCCAAGCUCGUAAUGAGACAAUAGCCAGGCGGCUGUGGGAUGUCAGCUGUGACCUGCUGGGCCUCCCUACGGAUUGGAAAAGAAAGAUGUCGAUCUCGGGAAUGGAGUCGAGUGCUUUCCUGGCAUGUGUGAGGCUCUGGGUUGGAUCCCAGCACUGCGAAAGAAAGCAGAGAUCGCUUCCACUGACUUAGAGUCUGUGCUUCAUUGGAGAGCUUUACCGCAAAGGGAGUCAGGAAUUCCUCCUCGUGUCCCAUCACUUGUUUGGAGGAUGUUAUUGUAAGAGCAUUUGCCAUCUUCUUGGGCUGACAAUUACAUUUUAACUUGAAUAGGUAAGACUGAUAGGACCACAAUCUUUAACUUCUAAUAUCUGUAAAUUAAUAAUUUUGGUGGUUUUUUUCUGACCAUUAAACUAUAUACUUAAAAAUGAGUUUAUGGGGAAAUUGGAAAACUUUUGGUAAUGCAGCAAAUAACUGAAUUAAUAUUUUACUUUAU